ACUGAUUUCGUUAUUAGUAAGGUUAGAUUCUAUCUCGUUUGGUCACAGUGUUUACAAACCUUAGAAGAAGAAAAAAAAAAAAAAUUGUACCGAUUAGUAGGCAAAUUUUUUAUGGAGCUUAGUAGCUCUUAAAAAAAGAAGACGAAAAAUAAUUACAUUUUAGUAUCAAAUGUUAAUAUUGUGUAAUUAAAUUUUGUAACUUGUUUUUGUGAUUGAUACGAUACAUAACACGUGUUUAAUAUCAUGGCUAAAAAUCAUAGACGUUUAAAACGCUUAAAAUCGGAAAGAGCGAAAGUAAAAUUAAAGGCUAAAAAAUCUAUCAAUCAGCUACCGAAAGGUUUAAAUGUUACUGAUACGUCGUUUAAAAUAAAAAAAAUUUUAAUACGUGAGCAAUUACAACAUCGAGAUGAAACGGAAAUUCUCAGCACUCGUAAACUUAAUAUUAAAGAUCUUUUGACGCGUCUUCGGCAUCAUAAUUCAACUGUAAGGGAAGAAACUUUGAGACAACUAAAAGACAUCUUAUUACGUUAUCCUCCAAAAGUUCUACAUUCGCAAUUAAGUGUUUUAUUACGCGGAAUUGCAGCUUUGUCUAUUGAUAAAGAGAAAGAUGUACGAAGAGAUUCGUUACAUGCGUUGAAGUUAAUUCUUGGUCCUAUCUCGAGCGAGCUAUUGACACCUUAUCGUGAAAUUUUGAUUUCUUACUUGAGUUGCGCCAUGACGCAUAUUGACAUGCGUAUAAAAGAAGAUUCUUUGCUUUUCUUGGAUAUACUCCUGGAAAAUUGUGGUAGUGUACUAGCGAAGGAUAGCUAUAAAAUUUUACCCAAUUUUUUGAGCAUGAUAUGUGCGUUACACAAUGAAAUUAAACCCGGCAGACAAUUAAUAACGACUUUAAAUUCUAAAAGUACUAAUAUUAAAUGGAGAAUUAAGGUCUUGAAACGUAUUGCUAAUGUAUUUACUUCUAUAGUAAGCUAUAAAAAGCUUUAUGCGAGUAUGCGCUUGAGUGCUCUUUCGACAAUGAGUAAUGAGUUGAAAAGAUGUACUAAAUAUAUUCCCAUUUAUAGUGGUAGUCCGACUCGAAUUUUCAAAAUUGAUCUUGACAUAGAUCUAAACUCAAAGAAGAGUUAUGCGGAAGAAACUUUAUCUAUAGAAGAAUUCGUUAAAUAUGUAGAUUUAUUGAUGCCAUUGAUAUUUGACAUUUGGCUCGAAGUAUAUCCAGAUGAAAGAAUUGAAAAUUACACGGAAACCGUAAUUUCCAGCGAAGCAUCUAUAUUAUUGAUAAGUAUCGUUGAAAUUUUGGAAUCUAUUAUCGAAUACAUCGAUAUGUUGGAUCACGAUGACUACGAUGUUCAACACAUAAAGUAUUGGUUCAAGGAUACGUUUCAUAAUGCGUAUAUGAAGAAUUUUCUGUCGAGAUUUCCGUACGGUAAAAUGAAACAGCUCAUUAACGAAUCAAGAAAGCGUCAAGAAGAUUUUUCUCAGGUGACAUUUACCGAAGAGUGUUUAGAGCCAAACUUGGCGCUUUCUCGUAUUCAUAUAUGGUUUACAUCUCUGAAUAAUCACAAUAAGCAACUUCCUAAGCUUACUAAAGAUUAUUGUAUAUCCAUUCUGAACUAUUUAAAUGAUGCCAUUGAAAAUUUGUGCGACUCGUCCGUGUUACCGCAAUUGACUAAGCUUCUAAGAACUUUAUUUUUGAAAGCGAGUUCAAUUUGGUAUGCAAACAGUAUUAAUUUAAGCCAUACAUUGCAGUUAAUUGCAGGAGCGUCUUCUCGUCUAUCUAAAAAAGAACUGCAAUCGCAAUUAUUCCUGAUUAUUGGUGAUAUUAUGUUGGAAUGCAAUUUAAAUGAAUUGCAUAGAGAAGAAAUAUUUAAGAGUUUUGUUACGAUCUUACCAAACUUACUCCUCAGAUCGAGCAUAGAUGAUGUCAUGAUUCGAUUAAUUGGUCAGAUAGCUUUACGUUUUAAAGAAUGGAUCCGAGAAGAAUUAGUAACGAAACAUGAAGCUAUUAUCGAAAAUGCUAAGAAAAUUGACAUUGUAGGUUCACGCAAUGAUAAAGAGUCUAGACUUAUAAUCUAUAAUUUAUUUUACUUUAUGGAUUCACAAGUUUACUAUUAAAUAAUACUAUUAAAACAACUCGUAAAGCUAUACAAAAUAUAAA